GAACCUGCUGGACAUGGACACCUUCUCCAAGUCUGACCCAGUGGUGGUCCUCUUUGUGCAGGGCUCAGGGAGCAGCGAGUGGAAGGAGUUCGGGCGCACCGAGGUGAUUGACAACACCCUGAACCCCGACUUUGUCCGCAAGUUUGUCCUCGACUACUACUUCGAGGAGAAGCAAAACCUCCGCUUCGACGUGUGACCCCCGGGGUCUCACGGCACUGUGCUCGGGGUGCAGGACUUCCUGGGGCAGGCAUUCGUGGCACUGGGGGAGGUGAUCGGAUCCCAGCGGGGCCGCCUGGAGAGAGCCCUCACGGGGGUCCCAGGGAAGCGAUGUGGGACCAUCCUGCUGCUGGCUGAGGAGCUGAGCAGCUGCCGGGAUAUCGUCACGAUGCAGCUGUGUGCCAACAAGCUGGACAAGAAGGACUUCUUUGGAAAAUCUGACCCCUUCCUCGUCUUCUACCGCAGCAAUGAGGACGGCACNNNCACCAUCUGCCAUAAGACAGAGGUGGUGAAGAACACGCUCAACCCGGUGUGGCAGCCCUUCACCAUCCCUGUGCGUGCCCUCUGCAACGGCGACUACGACCGGACAGUGAAGAUAGACGUGUACGACUGGGACCGGGAUGGGAGCCACGACUUCAUUGGGGAGUUUGCCACCAGCUACAGGGAGCUCUCCCGAGCGCAGAGCCAGUUCACGGUGUACGAGGUGCUAAACCCCAGGAAGAAAUGCAAGAAGAAGAAAUACGUGAACUCUGGCACCGUGAGUCUCCUCUCCUUCUCUGUCGAGUCUUAGUUCACCUUCGUUGACUACAUCCGGGGCGGGACACAGCUGAAUUUCACCGUCGCCAUCGACUUCACAGCAUCCAACGGGAUGCCGUCGCAGCCCACCUCGCUGCACUAUGCGAGCCCCUACCAGCUGAGCGCCUACGCCCUGGCGCUGAAGGCAGUGGGGGAGAUCAUCCAGGACUAUGACAGCGACAAGCUCUUCCCCGCCUACGGCUUUGGCGCCAAACUCCCACCCGACGGCAAGAUCUCCCACCAGUUCCCACUGAACAACAACGCGGACAACCCCAGCUGUGCCGGUAUCGAGGGCGUGCUGGAGUCCUACCUCCAGAGCCUGCGCACUGUCCAGCUCUAUGGUCCCACCAACUUUGCCCCUGUCAUCAACCAGGUGGCUGGGGCGGCCGCCCAGGUGACUGACGGCUCGCAGUACCACGUCCUCCUCAUCAUCACUGACGGCGUUAUCUCCGACAUGCUGCAGACCAAGGAAGCCAUUGUCACUGCUUCUGCCUUGCCCAUGUCCAUCAUCAUCGUGGGAGUGGGUCCAGCUGAGUUUGAGGCCAUGGAGGAGUUGGAUGGUGAUGAGGUGCGGGUGUCUUCCCGGGGACGCUUCGCCGAGAGGGACAUCGUACAGUUCGUGCCGUUCCGGGAUUACGUGGAUGACUCAGGAAACCAGGUGCUGAGCAUGGCCCGCCUGGCCAAGGACGUGCUGGCUGAGAUCCCUGAGCAGCUCCUCUCCUACAUGAAGACCCGUGACAUCAAGCCUCGACCCCCUCCUCCGGCCCGGCUGGCAGUGAUGCCCCGACACAGCAGGGCCAUCUCAGACU